ACGUGGACGAGUGCUCGGGGGGCUCCCCCUGCGCCCCCCACGGCCGCUGCCUCAACACCGCCGGCUCCUUCCGCUGCGAGUGCCACCGCGGCUACCGCGCCACCGCCGGCGCCACCGCCUGCCAGGAUGUCAACGAGUGCCUGGAGGGUGACUUCUGCUUCCCGCACGGCGAGUGCGUCAACACGGCCGGCUCCUUCCGCUGCCUCUGCGCCGACGGCUACGCCGGCACCGCCGACGGCACCGCCUGCACCGACGUGGACGAGUGCUCGGGGGGCUCCCCCUGCGCCCCCCACGGCCGCUGCCUCAACACCGCCGGCUCCUUCCGCUGCGAGUGCCACCGCGGCUACCGCGCCACCGCCGGCGCCACCGCCUGCCAGGAUGUCAACGAGUGCCUGGAGGGUGACUUCUGCUUCCCGCACGGCGAGUGCGUCAACACGGCCGGCUCCUUCCGCUGCCUCUGCGCCGACGGCUACGCCGGCACCGCCGACGGCACCGCCUGCACCG